GUUUUCGUUCAUGUUCGCAUAGCUCAUAAGGACAUAGGACGGGUUUGGCUGAGCUGAGCUAAUAUGUCUAGGUUGUAUAUUCAAGUCAAUCUACUUUAGUGAUAAUGGUGAUAAAAAGGUAGCGAGGACCUUUGCCGGUAGAAAAGUAUUAAUUUAUUUGCAAGAAUGAUGUAAAUUUAUGCAUUCUGCUAUUUGUUUUGUAGGCUACCGUAGCCGGUCCACCACUAUGUGCGGAGCAACUAGCUUUAUUUACACGCUAAUUAUUUUUUCGAAAAUUUGUCAAGCAUUUGGUUCACCCUUCGACAUAAAUGACAAAUUGAUCGAAGUCGUUGGUCCCUCCAAUGUUCAAUUCUGUGAUAAUGUAACUAUAACAUGUAAGACCCGGAUAACAGAUGCGAAACCUUGGUGGAGCUUCUCCGGAACUAAUUUAACUGAAGAUGGCAGCAGAUUUGUGAUGGAAACGAACAAAGAAGAGGGUAAGAUAAUUGUGGAUAAUCUGCACAUAUUGUGUGUCACCUUGGAUGAUAUUGGCAACUAUACGUGUCACACCGGACAGGUCAAUCCUGAAAAUAAAGGAGCGGACAAUGAAACCGUCGAGCAAUCUGUUUUUCUUCAAGUAAACAUGCCUGGAGUGGUGUCAGAGGUGCAUCAUGGCCGAAAAGCGGUAGGUGGAAGCGUAAAGCUGAGAUGCAUUUUCUCAGGUUCCCCAAUCAGUGAUAUCACAUGGACUAAAGGAAACGAUUCAUCCACUAUUGAAAAACUCAGAGAUCGUGUUGAAGUGGUUUACCAAAAUCAAACUUGCGUUGAAACCACUCUGGAGCUUUUGGAACUGAAUACCCGCAAAGAUAAUGGUACCUAUUACUGCUCAGCGUUAAUAGCUGAUGUCAAAGUCAGUGCACCGGUUCACCUUUUCAUAUUAGAUUCACCACAGGUAAAAAUUGAUGUGAUCAAGGUCGUAGGUGCCAACAGAAUUUUUCUCAAUUGGACUGUAAAUAACGGAAAUGAUCCAGUUCGGAAGUAUUAUAUUCAGUUUCUGAAGAAUGGUACCGAACAAUGGACCUACUAUCAAGAGUUGAUUGGAGCCGGUAACACCAGUUAUGUGAUCAAAAAUCUGGAAGCAAAUACUGCUUACAGAUUCAAAUUGAGUGCAGAAAACUCUAUUGGACAAGGAAAUACAUACACUGCAACUGAAUUCUAUAAAACGCUCGAAAAAGAUCCGGAUUUUGUGCCAGAAAUAUCAUUGAAAGGAACUGCACCAAAUGGUUUCACUAUAGGUUGGUCAUUACCUCCAUUAGACAUUAAAGAUCAUGUCCAUUAUUACCAGUUGGUGCUUUACAACAACUACACUAAGAAAGAAGCAAUUCAUCCAGCCGAGAGUAUUAAUAGCUUUAUGUUCGGUGAUCUUCAAUCGGCAACUACUUAUUAUUUCAAGGUGGCAGCAUGCAAUGAAUACACUCAACAGUGUGGCAAUUGGUCGAAAGAAAUUCCUGGAACAACUAUGGAUGGUGUCUCUGGACCUCCGCAAAAUGUCAACAUAACGUGUAAAUUUGAUGAAAUUAGUAAAUCCAGCGCUGUUGGAGUGACAUGGGAUCCCCCAUCUGAGCCAAAUGGGAAGAUUGUUCAUUACAACGUUGUUCUCCAUGGAUCCGCUUCAUACCGCAAUGAAAAAGGAGAUUGGGAAGAAAUGACGUGGGGUCCGAAAAUAAAGAGCGUAGAUGCUAGCUCGAACAGUGCCGUUUUUGAUAUGAUUCCACCAAAUACUAAUUACAGUGUGAAGGUUGCCGGUGUUACAAGAACUAGAGGCGGGGGCACGGAGGCCACAGGGCAUUGCAGUAUGCCCCCCACUAUCCCCGAUAAGGAGAAGCUGGCUCGUUUCCAUUGGGACAAAGUUGAGGAACAAGGCAGAUGGCUGUUGAAAUUGUCAUUACCACGCAUAUCUGAGAGGAAUGGCCCUAUUUGCUGUUACAGAGUGUUUGUUGUUAAACUGAGAGCUCAGCAGAAUGUAGCUGAUCUUCCUCCGCCACAGUUUUCACCAGUUUCGUCUUAUCAGGAAGUUCACCAUGGAAAAUCUGGAGGUGCUUACGUUGCUGAUAUGUUUGACAGUAAUUCUCUGAACAGCGAUAUAUUUCUCGGAGAUGGGCAAACUUUAAUGUCAGCAGAAGACUUCAGCAAUCCCUGUCACCGUUGCAUUGGGUUGAAACCGAAUCCCCCCACUCUACCCACACAAACGACUGCGGCAAGCCCAACCAACGCCACCGCAAUCACAGUUACCACCAACACCACGUCAAAUGCAACCACCCCGCAAUCAGCUGUUACCUCGCCCAUACCUAAUGCAACCGUUGCGCAUGCUCUGAACUUCACUGUCUCUCCCACUGCUCCCACUACCAAGAUAACUACGACGUCAGUUGUGCCGUCGUUGGCCUACAUUCCUUCGCUGUCGACCGCUGUGGACCGGGCCAGGCGAUCUGUGAUGUCAGUCCCAGCCACAACUCCACACACAUUGCAUGUUUUCGACGGUCAGCUCGACACUAGUAGUAACUAUACCGGAUUCAUCGAGAUAAUUGUCUUUGGAGGCAAGCAAGUAUUUCUACCAGCAUACAGCAGCUAUUUUGAAGCUCUCAAUCCAGGUCCACAAGUUCUGCAAGCUAUUCAACCUAACCCAAUGUUGAACAACGUUCUUCAGGUUGCUUGCGUCCUUCUUUUCGUGAUUCUUGUUCUUGUGGUGGUUCUUUACUUGCUGCAAAGAUAUACUAAACAAGUAGCAGAAGCUCAAGGUGUUGAAAUGUCACUGCGAAAUUCAUUCAGGCACUUGUGCAGAUCUUUGCGGGGAAGCCAUCUGCCGGUGUCGAACCAUCCGCCCGACAUGUCUCCAAUCCUAGCUGCGGACCUGGCCACUGCUUUCGGGGAGCGUCACAAGGACUCCGACUACGGCUUCCAACAUGAGUUUGAGCUUCUUCCGGAUGGCUUCAAUGAUCGCACAACUAAGGCUUCAGAAGCUCGUGAGAACAUGUACAAGAAUCGAUACCCAGACAUCAAAGCCUACGAUCAAACCAGAGUCAAGCUCUCCCAGGUUGAUAGCAUUGCUGGGUCGGAUUAUAUCAAUGCUAACUUUGUUAUUGGAUACAAGGAAAGGAAGAAGUUUAUUUGUGCUCAAGGCCCAAUGGAUAAUACAGUAUGUGACUUCUGGAGAAUGAUAUGGGAACAACAUUUAGAACUUAUUCUUAUGCUCACCAAUCUUGAAGAGUACAGUAAAACCAAAUGCGCGAAAUAUUGGGCUGACAAAGCAGAAGGAGAGAAGAAUUUUGGAGAUAUAACUGUCAGUCAUGUCAAUGAAAAGCGAUAUUCAGAUUACAUAUUCAGAGAAUUGAAGAUGGUCCGUAAUAUUGGCAGUAGUCGAGAAGAGAGAAGUAUUAUCCAGUAUCAUUUUCUUGUUUGGAAAGAUUUCCAAGCACCCGAGCAUCCAGCUGGGAUUCUCAAGUUCAUUAAACGUGUCAAUGAAGCCUAUUCAUUGGAGAAAGGUCCAAUUCUUGUACAUUGCAGUGCUGGUGUUGGUAGAACUGGAACGCUUGUCGCACUUGACUCGCUGUUACAGCAACUCGCGGCUGAAAACCAAGUCGCCAUCUUCAAUACGGUCUGCGAUCUUCGACACCAGCGCAAUUUCCUUGUCCAGUCCUUGAAACAAUACAUAUUUGUGUAUCGAGCUCUUCUUGAGGUUGCCCAGUUUGGUGAUACAGAAUUGAAGGCAUCCAAGUUGAAAGCAUCUGUCGAGAAAUUGAAGCAGCUUGAAAAUGGAAAGGAGAAGUCGAAACUUGAGGAAGAAUUCGAGAAAAUCUGUCGUGUAGUGGAAGAGAGAAAAUCGAAUAGCGUUGGAAGUGGUGAAGAAAACUGCCUGAAAAAUAGAAGUGAGCUGGUGAUUCCCUAUGACAGAAACCGUGUCAUACUAACGCCUGUUCUAACCAGAGAUCACUCCACCUACAUUAAUGCUUCUUUUAUUGAGGGCUACGACAAUUCAGAAUCGUUCAUUAUCACUCAAGAUCCUUUGGAUUGUACAUACGCUGAUUUCUGGAGAAUGGUUUGCGAGCAGAAUAUAUCAACUCUUGUUAUGUUAUCGGAUCUUGGAGAGAGUGCUAAGAAAUGCCCACGCUACUGGCCCGAUGAUGAAAUACUUCAUGACCAUGUCAAGGUGAAAUAUAUCCAAAGUGAAAGCUGUCCUUACUAUACGAGGAGGGAGUUAUGUGUUACAAAUAUAAAGACUGACGACAAGAUAAUGGUCACACAAUACCAGUACAAUGGAUGGCCAACCGUUGAGGGAGAGGUGCCAGAGGUUACCAGAGGUCUUCUAGAGCUGGUGGACCAGACUCAGGGUCACAUAGGCGGCAAUAAUUCGGUGACUAACAGCUCUCCAGCCGAGGUGACAACUGCCCCGAUUCUGGUGCAUUGUCAUUGCGGCUCUGAUCGGUCGUCCAUGUUUGUCGCUCUUAGCAUUCUGGUGCAGCAACUGCGCAUCGAGAGAAGAGUCGACAUUUGCACAACUGUUCGAAAGCUCAGGUCUCAGAGACAGGGCAUGAUUCAAGCCUAUGCUCAGUAUGAAUUUUUGCAUCGUGCCAUUGUAAAUUAUGCAGAUUUACAUCACUUGAGUGAUGAAGAGUCGAAUUGUUCGUAGACCCCAGUCUUCAGGUAUAACGCUCCACGAGCAAUGCAUUUUUAUAAAUACUUACAAUAAUAGUUAUAAUAUUGUAAUGUUACUCAUAAAAUUCAUUACAAAAUGAUUAUUUGUAAAUUUAUAUUCAUCUGUUUGACUAUACAUUCAGUGAAUUUUCUAUUGGAAAGUACAGUAAAUGUAGUCAUAAAUUGUAUAUAUAGAAAAGUAACUUUUUUUUAAAUUUGCUAUUAUAACUAUUUCAAUUCAGUGUGUAUCUUUUCACUGAAAAUGAAGUGUAUAUUAGUUUAUUUUUGGUUGUGACAAAUUAAAUUCUUGUGAGAAGUGUUCACCACAGAAUUGCAAACCAAUGAACCAAUUUUAUUGUUUUAUGAUGGGAAAUAAUUAGUAUAAACAAAUAUUUUACUUUUAAUCGUUUCCCAUCAUUUUUAUGGUCACCAAAGACAUUCUUAUUUAAAAACCCUUCAUCGUAAUUAUAUUAUGCACAACCUAGCUGACAAGAAGAAAACAGUUAGAUCUGCUUGUUAUAAUAAAAAGUUUAUUUUCAGGUUUAUUACUUUCAAAUUAUAUUCAUGUUCAUUCAGAAAACAUAGAAACAGUUACACCAUUCAGUUAUCAAUAGAAGGCUUAUUAGAACAUUUUCAUGUUCUUGAAAUAAUUUUUGUGAUAUCUAAGUACGCAUAUAUCUUCAUUGGAUUGUUUGACUUUGCUUUUAGUUUGAAUAGUUUGAACAUUAUUAUUUUAUUUUAAGCUAACCUUUUUUUUAAUCUGAAUUGAAUAUUUUAGUAUAAUAUGUAUCAAUGUAUAGAAGAUUACUGGUCACCAAUACCUACAUAAUAUCAUGUAAUGAUUGGUUUUCUAGAGUAGAAGACGUAUAUAAGGACCUUGAAUUUUAUUUUAAUUUCAAAAAUCUAUUAUUAUUUUGUAAAUUAGUAAGACAAUACUUUGUGCUCUACUUAAAUACAAUAGGGCAAAUGAAAGAAUUGAAAUUGUGAUUCUGUUUUAGAUUAUUUGAUGCAGCUAUUAUUUCAAAUAAGGUUUGUUAUUGAAACUGAAUAUUUUUUAUAACUUGUGAUGCAUUUGUUUCAACAACUUUGAUGUGUCGAAUUAAUUCCAAGUUUUUCAGUAUCAAGGAUGAUUAGUUUAUUUUCUAUUAUUUGCUUUAGAAGAUCAUUUUUAUACGUUUCGUUAAAAUUAAACAUAAUUAUUUUAGGAAGAGAUCAAGCUAAAGAUCUGAGAAUAUUAUUGAUUUUCCAUUUUAGAAGUGAUCAUUUGAAGGUAAUUCCAAUAAUUUAUACGAAUGCUAUAACCGUUUGUAUCUCGACUUCUACAUCCCUAUUCCAUCAGCAGUUUUGGGACAUUUUCCUUAAACAUAUAGGAAAAUAGAGCUGAGAUUGUGGAACUAAAUAUUUUAUCCACCCAUUCAUUUCCUAAAUUCAUUUUCAAUAUUAUAUUAGCAUUGAAACGAUUCAACUUCAUGUUAAAUGUUUAGGUAUUUAUCACAUCAUUCCACAUUUAUUCAUGACAUCUUUCAUUCAAUAAUCAAUUAUAUUUCAUUAUUUUCCAUAAGUCUCAUAUUAGAAGAGAAUUUGUCUAAAUACUUCGAUAGAUAUCCUCCAGAAAGGAAAAGUGAAUUUGAUAUAUAUAGAUGUUCAAAGCAUAACACAUCAGACUCAUGACGCUAUAUACAUUCAGCUCUAAUAUAUUUGUCUAUUUUAAUUUAGAUUUUCGUAGUUGAUAUGAUUACUAAAGAGUAAUUUUUUAUAGUGUAAGAUGAUUUUAACCGUUGUUAUUUUGAGGUUUUGAUUCAAGAAUACGCAGUUUUUCUUUCCAUCAACCGCAUCUUCCCCAAGUCCAAUAAUUAUUUAUUGAAUAAAUAUUAUUUAUUGACUUUUCAUAACCAUGUCCGAUCCAACACUGAAAAUAUUACAACUUUCAAAAUAUGGGGUACGGUACUAAGUUUGAGUUUCUCAUAGUUAGUUUCUCCAAAAUUACAUUUUUGAUUCCUAGGCUUCAUAAUUUGUCAUAUUUAUACAAUUAUUAGAAAAGUACACAAUAAUAAAUACGAUCACUAAUGCGAGAUUUUUAUUAAUAUAGUUUUUAUAAAGUAUCAUUACAAUAUCUUUGUCACUUUCUAUUCUUAUGCGUCAAUUUUCUUACUUUCAAAUAUUUGUCAAAUAUUGAUACCAAUCCUGUUCACGAGGUGUUAUAUAUUUCAGUAAUAUUCAAGUUAUUUCAAUAUGUUCCCAUUUAAUCUUCAUAUCUGUAACCGAUCAAAACUUACUUUGAAAUAUCUAAAAAAUGUUAUUUUAUGAACUUUAUUGCUUUUUUCAAUCGGCAUUCGGUGUGUUCAAAAAGUCAUUAGGUCUAGUCAUUAUUCACUGCCAAAAAUUUUCAAAAAUUUUGCACCGUGAGAAACUACUACGUUAGAGAGGGACAGAAAUACCUUGUGCAAGGUCAUUUAAUUUUUCCUCUACCACCAGGGUAUUGUUCAUUAAUAUUUAAAUUGUUUCUUAUAACAUAAAUCCCAGAAGCUCUCAGUCAAGUAUCAUUUGAGCCUCAAGAUAUAUAUUUGAAUCUUCUAUCAAUAUUUUCAUGGCAUUCGUUUAUUUAAGCUUUAAUACCUUUUAGAAACUUAUGAAAGUGGCGGGGAAACAAAUUGAAUACCAUAAUCAAAUGGAAGUGGUGAGGAAUCAGUUUUAAUAAUUUUAGUUACUCAUUAUCUCCAAUUUAAGAUUAAUUUAUUCUCUAAGAAAAAUAUAGUUUUAGCAUUUUAGUCUAUUGGACGUAUUUUAAUGUAGUUUUUAAAUCUUUGUAUUUUUUUCUAAAUUAUUAGUUUACUCGACGUUUACUUUACACAUUGAGUAAUAAAAUAAUAAUCACAUCACAUUAUAAGAUCUCGUUGAU